AUGCAAGACACCACCAGCUUUGAAACAACAACAACAAGAGUCGCUUACAUACGAACAAUCUUGGACAAAGAUAGACUCGAGAAAUAUUCGGAGUGUGAUUGGCUUAACUUGCACUCCUGGCUGUCGUUCUGGGUCGGCCAAACCAUUCCGGUUGAAAGAUGGGAGGCUACCUUUCGACAACGCACGAAACCACCUCGUGGGCUGCGUCAUCACUAUAUCCUUGGAUACUCCAACCCUGCCGACAAAGCUAUCCUGGAUUGGCUCAUAUACUCCUCGGGUCGUGGAUACCACGGGCUUUUACGCCAUGACUUUACCGUUUACCUCUCAGAGUCACAACAAAGAGACCCCGGAAAUAAACAACUUCUCGACCAAUUAAGAACAGAGAAAGUAAAUAUUGCCUCCGUAACACCAUCAACACCAACAGAAUACGAAACAGACGAUAUAUGCGACGGUGUUAUGCUCUCAAAAAGCGACUAUGUCCUCGAAAUAGGUCUUAUGCGAGCCUCAUCUUGCUGGAUAUCCCUCGACGCAUUAUACCGCGACUCUCUACGGCACAACCACCCGCAGAAACACAACACUGACAACCUCGGCAAGAUCUACUUUGAAAACCGCCUGAAGAACAAAAUGGGCCAUACCAAAACAGAUUGCUCGUACGCGCACGCCAAAAGCGACGCGUGGAAGCGCGAACACGAGAUAGCGUGGAAGAACUACAAAUGUCCAUCAUGUGGAAAACGGUGCAAAAGGAGUAAAGGUUGCAAGACUACGGGGGAGCAGUGGGCAAGUACGGCCAAAACUAGGUGGGCGGAGGGCGUGGAUACGAGUGCGCCGAGACCACCGGAGUUUGAGAGGGAUUGGAGGAGUUUGACUGUCGAGGAUGUUGUUAAUUAUUAUGGGGAGGAUCAGAUGGCGUAUGAGAGGUUUAGAAAGUGGAAGUGGAGGUCUGUUGAUGCAUUCUCAGGAGAGUGA